AUGAAGCGCGCUGCGGUCGCAAUCGCCGGUGGCGUCAGCGCGGGCGGUGGCGGCCGUGGCCCAGGCAGCCCGGCUGUCCGGCGGCGGAGCGAAUGGGCGGUGCGGGCCGUGAGCUCGCGCGCGACGCACGUGCUGGUGGACCCCGCGCCCGCCAGAACCAUCGUGGUGUACCGCAACGGGGACCGGUUCUACGUGGGCCGCAAGUUCGCGCUGUCGCGGCGCCCCGUGGCCACCUUCGAGGCGCUGCUGGAGCAGCUGACGGAGCAGGUGGAGGUGCCCUGCGGUGCGCGGCGCCUCUUCACGCCGACGCGCGGGCGCCCGGUGAGCGAGCUGGACGCGCUGCAGGCCGGCGGCAAGUACGUGGCGGCCGCGCGCGAGCGCUUCAGGAAGCUGGAUUAUUUUAAUAUAGUUCCCAGCAGACCUGCAAGGAUGAGAAAGUUGAAGGAAGGAAGUAUCAAGCCGGUGGUUCAUUGUGACAUAGACGUGCCUCCCAGGUGGCAAACAUCCCAUCGUUUAUCCCGACAAAUCAGUGUUUUCACAAAUGGAAGAUUAUUUAUUCCACCUGUAAAGAUUAUUAUACCCAAAUUCAGCCUGACGGAGUGAAACUGCGUGCUGGCCAUGAUCGGAGAGAAGGUCUUUCCUCUGGGAGGCGUUCGAAAAUUAUUUACAAUGAAUGGGCAUCUUCCGGACACCACAAAGGAUUUGCAAGACAGCCAUUUUUACGUUGCGGCAGGACUGGAGGCCUUCCAGUAUUUCCCUUAUUGGAAGUCCCCAAAGGUCCCCAGAGAAGUCUAACAAAAGUACUCAGACAUUGAGAAGUAUUCGCGAAGAAAGAAAAUAGAUCCCAAGGUGAAAGAAACCCAUAAAUACGACAGCGUUCCACCCAAAGCACUGGAUUCUAUUUUUUACACCAAAGAAGGAAAGAAGAAACCAAAGGCAGAACCUUUAAUCCACAGCGGGGCAGAUGGUGAGGUGUAUGAAGCCCAGACUCCUAACAAGGAAACCCAAGGAGCACUAGAAGUUACGGGGGCCCCGGACGUGCAUGUGGAGGUGCCUGUGGCCAGGCUCUUCUGCUACCAGGACCCUUCUUAG